GUCACAUCUACAAAAGUGUUGCCAUAUUCUUUAAUAUCUAUCAUAUCCAUUUUUAUUGGUCCCUUCAUUACUGGUUCAUCUGACAUGUUACCUGAUCAAGACGUAGCUAGGAAAUGGGCAGCGGAGGAAUACACAUGUGCGGAAUCAGCGUUCUCUGUUCCUCGUCUUCAAAUUUUUAUGCCCUACAAAAUGCAAUAUUUUGCCAUAGCAGUAACAGUAAUGUGCUGCCUUGCAACCGUGACUGUUACAACCUGUGUGCUGGCAUCAUUUCACUUUCUUCGCAGAAGUGGGGGCAUGUCGCAAAAGACAAAGGAGAUGCAGAAACGGUUCCUUCUCUAUCUAGGUGUUCAGGUGUCGAUACCAGGCCUCACCUUGCUUAUACCGAUAGUCGCUCUGAUGUAUAUUUUUGGGAGUUCAGGCAACACAGGAAGAGACUGGAAACGGAGAAAACCGAAAAUUACCAUAAGCCGUAUACUCAAGGCAGACUCCAAUCAACUAUGA